ACUCUAACAGCUGACCUCUAUCAACAAAAGGAAAACAAUUCGCGACCGGCUUUUCAUUUUGCACGCAUUCUUCGAAUUUCCCUUGCUAAAACAGCCACUAGAGUGUAAAACAAGCAACCAACUGAGCUGCCACAAUCCGCAGACCUCGCAUGAAAUGAGCCAACACGAACCGAUUUAAAGAAAGCGGUAAACACGGAAAAUCACCAUGGAUGACUUUGCCAGCAUAAAGCCGCACAGCUCGGUGGUCAAACUGGCCUCCUGUCUGGAGAAGAUCUACAACAAGGUGGUGGAGAGCCGGGAGAAGCAGCUGCCCGAGCACCAAAUCAAGGAAAUCGAGUUCCUGAAGGCGCAGUGCAAGCACGACCACAUGCAACUCAGCCUGAUGAGCUGUCAGACGCUGGUGCGCCUGGUGGACGAGGGCGUCCUGGAGGCCAACGGAGUGCAGAACAGCCUGCUCUCCAUGCUGGCGAACGCGGGUCCAAUGCACUUUGCCAUCAUCACGGAGAGCAUCUUGGGUAUGCAGCUCUUAAGCCUAAAGCGCAGGACGUCGUCGCUCAAGGGUCAGGAGUCCUAUCAGUGUACGUAUGGCCUGAAGACGCAGCAGCAUCCGCUAAUCUCGCUGCUCCAGCACUCUAGUGCCAACAUGCACGACGUGGCGAACAAGAUCAUUGGCAUUUGUCAGCACUACGACAAAAGCAUUCGGGACUACAGCAUAGAGUACCUGAGACCGGUCUUUCUCUACGUGCUUUGCAAUCCCCAAACUCUGCACGAUGUGAAGCCCAUUUGGACCUGUCUGCUCAAUCUGAGUGGAAAGCAACCGGAGGCGCGUGCUCUGAUGCAGGAGCUGUUGGCGUGGAGCAAGUUCAACAACGCGAACACCUGUCUGUGCACCAGCAUUUUGGUCAUUGAGGCCAUCGACCACUUUUUGCAGCGAGAGGACCACGCACAGUCCAUCGAUUUGGGCAUCUAUCAAGCGUGUCUCAUCAAGCAGCUGGCCAACUAUGGCAUCGAUCCGCGCCCAAGCCUGCAGUGCCUGCUCCGAGUGCUCCAUGCCACGCGGGAGCAAACGAAGGACCACUACCAUGUGCUCCUGGUUCUUCUUGCCGACGUCUUGCACGUCCUGUCCCCUUUUUACCUGGCGGAUCUGCUGCGCAUCAUCGUGUUCGUGGUGGUGCAGGAGCGCUGUGGCCAUGAAUACAUUCUGAACAUGUGUCUGGACGGAAUUAUUCAGUGGAUGUCUCAGACUGCAUUCAUACCCGCAGAAGGCUUGGCCUUGGCCCAUCAGAUAGUCGAGAAGGUGUUGGACCCUGAGAGAUCCGACCAGGAGGCAGAAGUGAUCUCCACCAAGCAAUUGAAGCCCGCUCACAUGCGCAAUUAUCACCCGGACAUUGCGAUCGCCUUCGACUUGGCCACACUGGUGGAGUCCUUCGACGCCUCCGACAACCAGGAUGUAUUCGCUUUUGUGGACGCCCUGAAUGUCAAGGCCAACACGGUAUUCUGCCAGCGCCUGCACCUCUUCCUGCGCGCGCUAUUCUUGUCGAAGAAGCCGCCCGUGGAUUGCUGGUUCAAGAUCUACGAGGUCAUACUGCAAAUCGUAAAGGUCAACGAGGGCAUCGCCUACGACUUCCUCAUGACGUACAUCUUCAAGCUCGCCCACGAGAACAAUCCGGAGCUGCAGCUGGAGCUGCUCAGAGGACUGGCCAGCUUUGCCGUGUGCAAGGACAAUGUUCCCAUGAUACUGAACACCAUUCGAAAUCUUUCCACCGAGAACGGCACAUUCUGCGUGGACCUUUAUGUGCGCCUAUGGCGAGUGGAGAGGCGCACCUAUCCCUUCCUGCUGAAGCAGAUUGCCCAACCACUGCCGGACAAUGACAAGCGCUGGGAGCUGCAGAUAGCACGCAACCAUGCCAUGCGGGAGAUCUGUCAGGAGAAACCCACUUUACAUGGCACGGAGCUGCUCCCGCAUCUUAGCAACACCCUCAAUCAUUCCUCCGAUGAGGCGGGGGAUCUGGCCACAUCCCUGGCCCUGGAUGCCAUAUACUCCUUGUGUGAUAGUCACACCGUGAACAUUGCUUCCACCUGGCAGGCGCUGGGCAGUAAAUUCCGCAACGAGAUGCGUCCGCAGACGCUUAAAUCGCUGUACAGGCUCUUUGGCCUCGUACCAAUGCUGAAGACGCCCACCCUGGAGUACGAGAAGUUGGCGGACGACGCGCUGGAGCACCUGUGGCAAGCCAUUAGUCGGCCGGGCACGGAUGCUGCCCAGGUGCGAAACGCCCUGGUUGCCCUUAGAAACUACGAGCCGGGAGUUACCUUGAACUUACGCCACAUUCCAGCACAAUUUCGCUUUGAAAUCGUUGGUGGAGGAGUGGGAGCUGGAGGUGCCGGAGGUCGCGAAGUUGUGGAUCUGCAGCAGGAGACUGUGCCCGGUGAGGUGUGGGUGCAGCUACUGCAGAAGAUACGCCCGGAGUGCGGAGAUGCCGCGGCAGACUUGAUUUCCCAUCACAUAGACAGUGAGAUUAACGCUUUCCGCAGCGGAGUCUACCGCCUGCCCGAGGGCAAACCGGAGCCACGGAAACUGGUGGGCUUGUUUGCCACUAGUCCGCUCCGCGCUGUGACCAACUAUCUGGUGAGCCAGGCGCGCUUUGGAGACUACGUCCCGGAACCGUAUGCCGUAACUUUCGCUCUGCGAUCGCUGUCCAAAAAUUUUCCCAAGCCAAUUCCGCCGCUGGACUGGAGUUGCCUCACCAGUUUCUUCCACUUGUCCUUCGAUGCGCGAAAAUAUUGCAUCAUAAUUGCCAAGAAUCAGGCCGUCAACUCGGGAACCGCCAAGCGCCUCCUGGAGAACUUCCUCAUCGAUUUUGAGCCCAAUUGCUUCGAGGAGGAUCUGUUGCUGCUCUUCUCAUUGCUGCCAGAGAUUGCGAACAGUGUGAGCCUCCAGAUUCUGAAGAAUUUUGCCGAGAAGGUGGCUGUCUACUGCUUUAAGGAAUCGCAGAUAAAUGACUUUGUUGAAGGAUGUUUGUUCGAAAAGUUUUUGGAAAGCGUCAAGUACAUCUUCACCGGCAAUUGCGACAUACCAGAGGUGCUGGAUGUUUUCACCCUGAUUGUUGAGCGUUACAUGGACUCGAUGAAUCUGGACUCAAGGCUCUUCGAACGCUACACGGAAGUGGUGGCCACACUGCAUCCGAAUGCAAUUGAUGGUCUAACGACGCCAGCCAAUUGGUGGGAGACGCCGGUGGGCAAGCUGAAAAAGGCGACCAUCAUUCGGUGCUACUUGGUUUUGUACAACGAGAAGCUUCCAAAUCCUCUCAAGUGGCUUACGCCCAUAAUAGAUGCCUACGAGAAACGAGCGGAGGAGCGGCCUUUCUUCUACCGCCACUUGGCAGCCACUCUGUACGCUUUCGAGAGCGAUGAGCACUCCAGCAACUGGAUAGCGGAGAUGUUCUUGGAGAUCCAAAUGCUCUUGGCCGAGGCCUCCAACAAGGAGAAGGUGAACAGGGCGCUCUACCUGCUGGACAUCUUCAUCCUAGCCGUGGAUGUGCUCUCGGGCUGUGCCGUGCUGUUGGGCAGCGUCGAUGUGGUGGCCACGGACGACAAGCAGCGCCUGGCACUGUUCCCGGAGAGCUUGCAGUACCUGUGCGAUCACGUCUUUUGGAAGGAUCAGGAGGCUAAGAUAUACGAGUUCCUCUUCAAUCUUUAUAAGCACACGACCAUGCCCGCUUCCUAUGCCGAUGUCUUCAGGGAGGCCAUCAUCUGUUCCCGUAACAAGCCCUAUUUCGACAGCAAGGGCGUCUGGACGAAAUACGUAGGAUUGCGUAAAUGAACACGACGACCACUCACCGCAUUUACACCCUCUCCGCCCACGCCUGAAGUGCACUUGAAUGGCUAGAACCAACCGCCUACCGUCAAUGUUAGUCAAUUUUUGAUAGCCAUCGCGUUCCUUGUUACUUGUAUGUGUUUCAACUUUAACGUACAUUAAAUGCAUUUUUGCGC